AUUCAUUAUCACUUACUUUCAUCAUACUUAAAGUUAGAUUAAUAAGACCCAGUCAUUGUACUAAAUACAUACAAAUUUUAAGGUCAUUUUUGAAUGGACCAAUUAAAGAAGAUGAACCAGUAUUAGUUAAAUUUGGUAUUAAUGAUAGUUGUUGA